AAACUUUGGCGUGGAAGCUUCGCGAAACGGCCUCGGACGCCAUUAAGCGCCGUCGAUGGCGACCGGAGCGAACGCGACGCCUCUGGGGAAGCUCCAUCCGCCGCCGCCGCCUCCUCCGCCGGGGAAAUCCGGCUACCCGCUCCCUCCGCCGGGUUUAGUGAUGCAGGGGCCCCCUCCGCCGCCGCCUCCCGCGCAGGCCCAGCCGCAGCCCGCCAUCCCCAGCCUCAUGGCGGCCGCUGCGGCCUUCCCUUUCGCCGCGCUCCCGCCGCCGCCCCCACCGCCGCCUCCCCCGCCUCCACCGCCGCCUCAGCAGCCCCAGCCGCCGCCUCAACAACCGCCGCCGCCUCCUCCUCCUCAACAAGGCCAGCAGCCGCCGCCACAGCAGGCCCAGUACGGCCAGUACCGCUUCCCAUCGCCCCCGCCGCCUCAGGCCGCGCUAGGCCUCGAGCAGCAGCAGCAGGCGGCCGCCCAGCACCUCCAUCUUCACCUCCAGCAGCAGGACGAGGGCGGACAGGCCGGGCCCGGGAGCCAAGGCAAGUCCGCCUAUCUCGCGCUCAGCCCAAAUUAUCCUAAUAAAAAAAGAAAGAGGAGCAGAUGGAAUCAGGACACCAUGGACCAGAAGACUGUCAUCCCUGGAAUGCCCACAGUCAUCCCUCCUGGGCUUACCCGUGAACAAGAGAGAGCUUAUAUAGUGCAACUGCAGAUAGAAGACCUGACUCGUAAACUGCGCACAGGAGACCUGGGCAUCCCCCCUAACCCUGAGGACAGGUCUCCGUCUCCUGAGCCCAUAUACAAUAGCGAGGGGAAGCGCUUGAACACCCGCGAGUUCCGCACCCGCAAAAAGCUGGAGGAGGAGAGGCACAACCUGAUCACAGAGAUGGUGGCGCUCAACCCAGACUUCAAGCCACCGGCUGAUUACAAACCUCCAGCAACUCGAGUGAGUGACAAAGUGAUGAUCCCACAAGAUGAAUAUCCGGAAAUAAACUUUGUGGGGCUCCUGAUUGGACCCAGAGGGAACACCCUGAAGAACAUUGAAAAGGAGUGCAAUGCCAAGAUCAUGAUCAGAGGCAAAGGGUCUGUCAAAGAAGGGAAAGUGGGGCGGAAGGAUGGCCAGAUGCUUCCUGGUGAGGAUGAGCCACUCCAUGCUUUGGUUACGGCCAACACCAUGGAGAAUGUAAAGAAGGCUGUGGAACAGAUACGGAACAUUCUGAAACAAGGCAUUGAAACCCCAGAGGACCAGAACGACCUGCGCAAGAUGCAGCUGCGGGAGUUGGCCCGCCUGAAUGGGACACUGCGCGAGGAUGACAACAGGAUUCUGCGCCCAUGGCAAAACACAGAGACUCGCAGCAUCACCAAUACAACAGUGUGCACCAAGUGUGGAGGAGCUGGCCACAUAGCAUCAGAUUGCAAGUUUGCCCGGCCUGGGGAUCCCCAGUCAGCACAAGACAAGGCACGGAUGGACAAGGAAUAUUUGUCUCUGAUGGCUGAACUGGGAGAAGCUCCUGUACCCGCAUCUGUCGGAUCAUCUUCUGGACCCUCUAACCCACCCCUGCAAAGUGGUCCCAGACCAUCAGGGCCCGGAAAUAGCCAGCCACCACCUAACCGUCCACCGUGGAUGAAUUCUGGCCCCUCUGAGAACCGGCCUUUCCAUGGCAUGCAUGGUGGUGGUGGUGGCGGUGGUGGAGGAGGUGGCGGCGGCGGCGGUGGUGGUGGAGGAGGAGGCGGAGCAGGAGGAGGAGGGCCUGCCGGGCCUAGUGGUCCUCACAACUUCCCUCACCCCAUGUCCAAUAUGGGGGGACACGGAGGCCACCCAAUGCAGCACAACCCCAACGGCCCUCCGCCGUGGAUGCAGCCUCACAACCCGCCAAUGAACCAGGGACCACAUCCUCAUGGCCCUCCUGGCCCCCACCACAUGGAUCAGUACCUGGGCAAUGCGCCAGUGGGCUCUGGGGUCUAUCGCCUCCAAGGAAAAGGUAUGAUGCCGCCUCCGAUGGGUAUGAUGCCCCCUCCGCCCCCUCCGCCCGGUGGCCAGCCUCCUCCGCCUCCUUCUGGUCCUCUCCCCCCAUGGCAGCAGCAGCAACAGCCUCCGCCCCCGCCCCCAAGCAGCAGUACUCCCUUGCCAUGGCAGCAAAGUGAAUACGACGAGCACCACCACGAGCGCUGGCACCGGGGCCAUCCCUCCAUGGCAGCAGCAGCAGGCGGCGGUGGCGGCUUCUACGGGGGCCCCGCAGAUGCCCGGCAGCCCCUCCAUGGUGCCUUUGCCUCCCGGGGUCCAGCCUCCGCUGCCCCCCGGGGCCCCGCCGCCUCCCCCACCCCCGCCGCCUGGCUCCGGGGGCAUGAUGUACGCUCCUCCCCCUCCCCCUCCCCCCAUGGACCCUACUAACUUCGUGACCAUGAUGGGGGUCGGGGUGCCCACUCUGCCGCCCUUCGGCAUGCCCCCCGCUCCCCCGCCGCCCCCGCCACAGAACUGACGACGGGUUUAGAGACCUAUCCAGUUGUGUUUCCCACCAGUGUCCGGCCAGGAAUUGGGCGGGAGGGCGGGGGGUGGCUUGUGAAGCUCAGCCAGGCAUUCUUGAGGAACAUCCCCCUCCCCUUCUUCUGUAUUCCUGUUUUGACUGACUGACGUACUUCAAUAACAGCCUACUUUCCCACUCACUCUCCCCUUCAAGCUGGGGACUGUCUCAUCUUCCUACCAGCAAGGAGCUUUUGUGAUAGAGCCACGUCGCGGCCAGGUCCCGACGUGCCCUGCUUGGUGGAACCACCGCUAGCGUCAAUCUAGAUUUUUAACUUCCAUCUUGAGGCGCUCAUUUCAUGCAGCUGAUGUGCUCCAGCGUUUCACAGCAGAGCAAAGGGGUUUAUUUUGUAGAGUAUUGAAAUCCCACAUGCCACCCUGGAAUCGAGAUCCCACAUGCCACCCCUGAGCUGGGCUUAACCGGUUGGUCUUUAUUUGUCUCCCGUCCCGUCCCCGUCCCCCAAAUGUCCCUCCUUAGUUGGGGAAGAGACAACUAGACUUCCCUUCUUCUUCAAACUGGGCUUUAACCCUCCCCAACCCAUUGAAUAAUUAAAGCGUGGAGAGGGCAUCUCAGUUUGUUUGGCCACCGGCGUUGUCUCCUGUCCAUUUGCUUAGAAAUCCCUCUCUCCCUCUUUCUGAAUGUUUUGUGGUUGGGGGUGCCCUCCCGCCCUGGAUUGAAUGAUUUUUUUUGUCAAUGAUGAUGAUGAUGUGCGUAUGUAUGUACAAUGCUUCAUUCAGUCUCCUGUAACCAUUUUCUUAAUUGCGGGGCGGGUUUUUUUGUGUGUGUAAAAAAAAAUAAAAAAUUUCAGUCAAGGGGAGGUUCCCAUUAAACGCGGCUUUUAAAAUA